UUGUGCACCCAGCAGCGCCAGCUCGCCCUUGUCCCCUCUGCUUCUUCUCUAGGCUUGCUUCUAAGCGGGGGUAAUCCAUCCUUAGUGACGCCACACCUGUUGCCAUAGUGACUCUGUGACAUCACCAAGGAAAGGUUAUGACCUCGGUGUUGGAGCAAGAGGCUGGGCUAGGGGAGGUGGGGGGGAGAAACUUGUGAAUGAAGAUGAGCUGUGGGAGCGAGUAACUGAACAAGUGGGGAACUGUCAGUGUCGAGGGAUUAAUGGUGAAGCAGAGUGCGCCGGGUGCGUGUCACAGGGCUGCAGCGGGAGCUGAUCUUUCUAGUCUUAAAUCAGCUGUAGUUGGAACUUGGACACCUCUUUUGCUGGAGCUGGCUUCAAUGCUGGAAACACCUAAGGGGCUAUUAAAGGUUUUGGAAGCACAAUGGAUGGUUUUUAUGAUCAGCAGGUCCCUUUCAUGGUCCCGGGGAAGCCUUGCGCGGAAGACUGUCGAGGCCGCCCAGUGACUGAUAGAAAACGGAAGUUUUUGGACACUGAUCUGGCGCAUGAUUCGGAAGAACUGUUCCAGGACCUCAGCCAGCUGCAGGAGACUUGGUUAGCUGAAGCUCAAGUUCCUGAUGAUGAGCAGUUCGUCCCAGAUUUUCAGUCUGACAACUUGGUACUUCAUGCCCCUCCUCCAGCAAAGAUCAAGCGGGAACUCCACAGCCCGUCCUCGGAGUUGUCCUCCUGCAGCCACGAGCAGGCUCUCUGUGCAAAUUAUGGAGACAAGUGCCUCUACAACUAUUGUGCCUAUGACAGAAAGCCCCAAGCCGGGUUCAAGCCAGUAACCCCACCUGCUACACCCGUGUCACCCACUCAUCAGAACUCGUCGCUUCCGCCCCCUCCACCACCUCCGUCUGUGCAGACCGCGGCCCAUGUCGCACCAACAGGCCCGCUGCGGGGGGCUCCCCCAGCAUCAACUGCACCCGCCCUUCAUUCUCUUCAGGAACCAAGGCAGCAAACGUUUGCAGUGCCCCGGCCACCUCAUCCACCCAUGCAAAUGCCAAAGAUGAUGCCUGAAAACCAGUAUCCAACAGAGCACAGGUUCCAGCGACAGAUGUCUGAACCCUGCCAUCCUUUCCCCACUCAGCCAGGGGUUCCUGGAGACAAUCGCCCCGUCUACCACAGGCAGAUGUCAGAGCCGAUUGUCCCUGUUGCCCCACACCCUCCUCAGGGAUUCAAACAGGAGUACCAUGAUCCCCUCUAUGAUCACGGGGUCCCGGGCAUCCCUGGGCCCACCAGGCAUGGGUUCCAGUCUCCAAUGGGCAUUAAGCAGGAGCCCAGGGAUUACUGCAUUGACUCAGAAGUGCCUACCUGCCAGUCUUCGUACAUGAGAGGAGGGGGCUACUUCCCCGGCAGCCAUGAUGGGUUUUCCUAUGACAAAGAUGCCAGGCUGUACUUUGAUGACACGUGUGUGGUGCCAGAGAGGCUGGAAGGCAAAGUGAAGCAGGAGCCCACCAUCUAUCGGGAGGGGCCCCCGUACCAGAGACGAGGGUCUCUGCAGCUCUGGCAGUUCCUGGUCACACUCCUAGAUGACCCAGCCAAUGCCCACUUCAUCGCCUGGACGGGCAGGGGCAUGGAGUUCAAGCUGAUUGAGCCUGAAGAGGUCGCUCGCCGCUGGGGAAUCCAGAAGAACCGACCCGCCAUGAACUAUGACAAGCUCAGCCGUUCCCUGCGCUACUACUACGAAAAGGGGAUCAUGCAGAAGGUGGCUGGAGAGCGGUACGUGUAUAAAUUUGUCUGUGACCCAGAUGCCCUCUUUUCUAUGGCCUACCCGGACAAUCAACGCCCCUUCUUGAAGGCUGAGCCCGAUGUCCAUGUCAACGAGGAUGACACUUUGCCUCUGACACAUUUUGAGGAUAGCCCUGCUUACCUCCUGGAGAUGGAUCAUUGCACCAACCUCCCCUACGCAGAGGGGUUUGCUUACUGACUGGCUGGCCGGGCAGCUGAAUGCUAAUGCUAGAGAUUCAAAGUCAGGCAGAUAAGGGCAAUGGUUUUGUAAAGAAUUUUUCGCUGUUCGUAAAACUGGUGUUUGUGAGCAUCAUCCAAGGAGCCUAAAACGUGCGAUGAGUGUCGCCACCGAAGACAAACCUUGUAGUCCGAGGACUGGUGUAUUAGGACUGCCAGUGUCUGAAGGCUCCACUCACUGCAGCCACCAAGAGAUUUUGGGGGAGGGAGCUAAAAUGGAGUCUCUGGUCCAGGUCACGUUGCUUACGGACAGACACGUGACUGUGUGGCCAUUGUUCAUGAUGGUGCCCAUGGAACUUGGAUAGACAGUGUGACUGUGUAGCGAAUUGUCAUGACAAUCUGCUUUGCAUCAAUCACAAUACUUGUAGCUGCCUUGUAUGUUGGAAAGGGCUUUGAUUUGCACAGACAAUGGAUUUUUUUUGAAGGGGAGGGGAGGGGGGUUGGUAGGAGUGGGGGGUGGAGGAUGACAAAGCUAGUCUGAGUGAUUUAGCCUUGAAGUGUGGUGCUUGGUAUACCUGGGUAGGGUCAGCACUUUGGAUUUGGAAUGCGGGACACACCAGUGACCAGAGGAAGCCUUUUGUUUCCUCUAAGCCCAGACAGCCCCCCUCCCUCCACUGUGGACAGCUCUUCUAACUCCUGCUCUGGUUCUCUGAAAUAACGGCUUCCUGCUCCCCCUUGCUGUCCUCCCAGGUGUUUCGGUUGCUCCUCUUCCCUGUUCAAGGCUGUUGCUUUAAUUUUGCAGGAAGGGGAUCAUGGGGAUCAUGUUUUAGGGAAAAGUUUCUAACCAAUUUUUUGUAGGUUUUUUUUGUAUCUGAAGGUGAAGCUAACUUUUUUUGCAGACCUGCUGCUUUCUUGGCCUGGGGUAGCACUUGAUGUGUUGAGAUGCCACAGCUGGGUCAUGGAGGAACUUCCUAGCCAGGUACAUCUGCAGGUAAAUGCUCUAUGCUUUUCUGUUCCUGGCUCCCAAGUGGAAGUUACACCCACAUGUUGUCCAGUUGGAGUGUGCUUAUCCCAUGGUGGCAGCAGGGACCCCGGCCGGGGUUCUGCAUGUACAGUUCCCUGCAUUCACAGAUGCGCUUUGGGAAUUAUAUGUAUAUAACACAUGGAUAAUCCUCUUGGCCAACUCCCCUAGCCACGGCAGUGGAUAACCCUGGGCAUGACUGUCCUCUUACUACUGAACAACCUGUCCCUCUGUUCAUGUUUUAACCCUGCAUAGGAUUGAAAGGAUUGGAGACCGCUUGAGCCAUGGGCAUCCGGAAACAGACUUUUUAAUUUCAGUGUCACUUUUCAUAUGUUCAGUCUGAUCCAGUGUCUUGAGGGUUGUUGGGGUUUUUUUGUUUGUUUGGGGAGGGGGCGGGGGGUUGGGUUUUUUUUUAAGAGUUAAGCUGUAAAGAUGCCAGGGGGAGGAAGUUGAGGAGUGUCUCACCAUAAACUAACCUUGCUCUCAUCCACAUAAAAACAAAAAAUCAUGCCCUUUCAAUUCCAGCUUCCCCACAUGCCUAUACCACUCAUAUAUACUAAACAUAUAUGCAUUUUUUCCCAACUGGCUAGAAGUUUUUGUUGUAAAUGCUGUAUAGGAUCCCUCCCCUCCACUUCUUAGUUAACCUUGUUUGGGUUUUGGCCGAUUUAUUCUUUUUAUUUUUAUUUUUUUGAGCAUAUGAAGAUUAACUCUUUGUAGACUAAGUUACUCUCCCCAUGAUGUAUAAAAUGGGCUUGUACAGUCAUGAAAGAUGGUGGCAGUGUCACUGUUGCACUUCCCACCGGACUCCUGCAUCUAGCAGAUGGAUUUUAGCUUUCUUUUUCUUUCCUUUCUUUUUUUUUGGUGUGGAAAGUCUACAGUGCAGAAAGGGUUAAUCUGAGGAUUGAUUGGAAGUAACCUUUAUUUGAGCAGGGCUGUGUGUCUCCUGCAAUGCUGCGUUACAUUCUGUACUGUGUACAAUAAAGGGUUUUUGCUUUCUGUUUG